AUGUAAGACGAAAAUUAAGCAAACCAGAUGGAAAUAGAAGAGGUUAGAAGUAUAUGCGAAGGCUAUCAUAUAAUCAAAAAGCUGGGUUACGGAACUUAUGCAGUGUAUAAAAUUGAUUAUAAGUCAUAAGUGUUAAAUUGGGACAAAAAGGUCAUGAAUAAGUAGCAAUUAAGUUCUUGAAGGUCAAAAAUGAAUAAGAAAGGCCUAAAAUAAUAUAAAAACUAAAAUAAGAGGUUCAUAUUUUAGAACUACUUAAUAACCAUAACCAUACAGGAAUUGUACAACUUAAAUAUGUUAGUGAUAAUCUUACCUACAUAGUAAUUAAAUUCUUAUAAAUAGAAAAAAAAUGGAUAAAUUGUUAAUAAAAUUGGUAUGAUUUUAGAAUUAGGAGAAAAAAGUAGUAUGCUUUCGUAUUUGAAAGAACUUCAAAAAUUUGACGAACAAACUUCAAGAUUUUAUUUUCGUUAAUUAAUGACAGUUUUAGUUUAUAUGAAAAAACAUAACAUUUUUCAUUUGGAUUUAAAACCAGAUAAUAUUGUGUUUGAUUCAGAUUUUAAUUUGAAAAUUACAGAUUUUGGAUUUUCUAAAUAAGUAUAAGGAUUGAUUAAAGACUUCCAUGGAGGAUCAAAACGUAUAUUUAAAAUUUAAAAUUUUAGCUUAUAUGGCACCUGAAAUUUGGGAUAGAAUAGCCUAUGAUGGAUCAAAAGUUGAUGUUUUUGCUGCUGCAUAAAUAUUAUAUAAAAUGAUAACUGGUUGUUUUGCUUUUAACAAUUGUUAAGAAUAACCAUAUGAUUUAAUUAAAUAGAAUGAUUAUGCUUAAUUUUGGAAUAUUAAAAAUAAAUAACAUUAAACACUAUUUCCAUAAGGAUUUCCAGAUGAUUUUAAGUAUUUUAUAUUUUUCGAUAUUUUAAGAGAUCUGAUUAAUAAGAUGUUUGAUCCUGAUUUCAAUAGAAGAAUAACACCUGAAGAAUGUUUGUAACAUCCUUGGACAAUGGGUUUAGAAGCUAAUUUAUAUUAAAUAUAAGAAUAAUUCAAUAAUUUAUAGGAAAGAAUAAAUCAAUAGUUGGAAUAAUAAAAAGAGGAAUAUAAACGUAAAAAAUAGAAGAUGAGAGAUUAUGAAAGAGCAGCAUAAGAAAUGAAGAAUUUAUUGCAAUAAUCAUAAUAAUCAUAUAAAUCAGGAAAUAGUUAGAAAAAGAAUCCAAUAAUAGAUAAAAAAAGAUAGAUAAUGAAAAAAUUCAAAUUUACUUUUGAAAAUAGAGUUUUAAAGAGGGGUCUGCCUACUAAAAUGAUAGAUGAGAUCUUAAUUUAUGAUGAUCCAAAAAAUUUGUUUUGUUCUAUAAUUGAUCAUUUUGAUAAAUGCGGUAAAAUUAUCAAUAUACAUGAAACUAAAUGCAAAGUAAUAAAAUUAAAUAUUUUAAUUAGCUAAAUGUGAAUAUUAUGGAAAAUGAUGAAGAAAAACAAGAAAUGCAGAUUGAAUUAAAAAAACUUGAAGGUGAUAAGUUAAGAGUUGAAGUUCUCAAUUUGGGAGAUGACUAUAUAAAGUUCAAUGAAGAAGUUUAGAAUCUUAAAUAGUCAAUUUAAUAACAAAGAGAUGAAGUACAUAUUUAGCAAUAAUGAA